CUUCCGGCGGCCUGAGGGGGUGGCACGCUCUGGAGGAGGCGGCGCGCGCGGAGAUGCCCCGCGGAGACCAGUCUCGUGGCUUGAAGAGAAAAAGAAAUUGGGAUGUAGAAUACCCAUCCUUUCCAGGAGAGAGUCCACUGCAGUGCAGACGAGCAGGUCUCAGGACCGUGGGGGCAGAAGCUUCCCUCUCUGAAGCAUGGCUCAGGUGUGGAGAAGGAUUUCAGGAGACUCCUGAGACUCUGUCAUUAACAGCUGAAAAGAAGACUACUACAGAAAAACACCUUGAAUUAUCCUCUGGACCCAAGACAGAACCUACCACAUCUAAGAGUACCAGUGGGCUUACAGCUAUAACAUGGAGUUCCAGUGGAAGUGAUCUGUCAGAUGAAGAUAAAACAAUUUUGAAAUCACAGAGAGAGAAUGGACAUGGUUCUAGAAUAGGCAGGUUUUAUAGCAGGAAUAUUUUCUCUCCAGAAGAUGGGGCCAGUGAAGAUGAUCUCCAGGUUAUUGACUGGGAGAUUGACAGUGACAGGGAAGAUACAUGUGAUGAAUUUGAAGACCGUGAGAGUGUGGUGGAAAUAUCUGACCGUGCUUCUUGUACAAGCAGUCGUUCUUUGACACCUCCAGAGAUGCUGCUUGAACUUCCUAAGACAAAUCCUACAGAAAUUUUAGAGUAUUCGUCAGAUAGUGAAAAAGAUGAUGAGUCGGAGAAUGUCUUGUUCAUUGAUUCAGAAUCCUCUCACAAAUACCACAUGGAUUUCGGAUCAGAUGGAAGACAGGUUAUGGAGAGACCGAUAAACCCUAGGGUAAAAUCUGCAGAGGCCAUUUUGCAUACACCUCAGAAAGAGACAAAGCUUCCCAAGACUCCAGAAAAUUCAGCAAAGAAGAAGAAGCUUUUAAGAGGCGGGCUAGCAGAAAGACUAAAUGGACUGCAGAAUCGAGAGAGAUCUGCUGUUUCUUUGUGGAGACAUCAGUAUCUUUCUUACCAAAGGACACUUUCAGGUAUAAAAUCUGGUAUAUUAACUGUGAAAAUUCUAGAGCUUCAUGAGGAAUGCACCAUCCAAGUUGCAAUGUGUGAGCAGUUAUCGGGGCUGCAGGCUGACAGCUCUUCUCAGGGUGGGGCCCCUGGGACUGGCCUGAGGGUUCUCUUCGCCAAGGAGACUGCACGCUGCCUCCGGGGACUUCCACAAGACAUCAUCCGCAUCUACCCUCCCUGGCAAAAGCUUAUUAUCCCAAAUGGAAGUUGCCCUGUUAUUCUGAAUACUUAUUUUUGUCAGAAAGUUGUUGCCAAAGAAGAUUCAAAAACAACACAUGAAGUGCACAGUUGGGACACACCCCUUCCAAGAAGAAGCAUCAUUUUGGCCCAGAUGUUUAGAUUUAAGAGCCUAACAAAUAACUCACCUGAAAACCAGGUUAUGUGUGGUGGUCACACCACCGUGGGCACAGACUGGACCCUCAGACACGAACAAGCAGAGCUGGGCUUCCCCGCCCGAGCUGCCCUGAGGGAUUCUCUGCUGGAUGCAGUCGAAAGCCAAGGAGUUGCCACCUGGUCGGGAGCCGGGGUCCGGGUGGUGGUGCAGAGAGUUUACUCUCUUCGCUGCAGGUGUCAGCAGGCAGAUGGCACAGACCCUUCUGGAGUUCGAGUCUGCCUUCUCGUGCAAGAUGCCCUUGGACUCUUCAGUGAGGUGCACUCGGAGGGCGCCGUCCUGAAGGACAGGGAGUUGGAGGGCAAGUCCUGCAGGCUGGCGGGAAUGAAGGUUCUGCAAAAGGUCACCAGAGGAAGGAUGACAGAGCUUUUCAGUUUGAUUGACACCAUGUGGCCUCCAGUGGCGCCUCUGAAAGCACCAGGCCACGGGCCAGCCUUCGAGGAAAAAACUCAUCUGCCUCCUCCUAGCUUCUGUUACGUCCUCACUGCUCAUCCAAACCUGGGACAAAUUGAUGCAAUUGAAGAAGGCUCUAUUUCGAAGCUUUACCAGCCUCCAAUUCCCCGCUGCUUAAGAGAAAUUCUCCAGACUGAUGGCCCCUGUACCCGUUGCAGUUUCUAUGCCAGAGUGAUUUACCAAAGACCACAGGUAAACAGUUCGCUUCUGGAGCCAAGGGAGCUGUGGCUGGUGGUGACCGACGUUACUCUGCAAACACAGGACGAGGGCUCGGGUCUCCCCAAAACCAUGCCUGUGCGCGUGGCCCCCUCAUGCGUGCUGGGCCAGGAAGUCCGGGACGCGCUCUCUGAGGCCACCUCCAAGAACUUCUUCUUCAGGGAUGCUCUCCGAGACCAGGGUCAGCUUGUUUGUGUUGCACGAACUGUCCUCCUGCUUCCAAAGCCCCAGCUGGGUGUGGCCUCUGGUGCCUGGGAGCUGACGAGCCCUGUGAGCCUCGAUGAGCUGGAUUCUGUCACUCGGGUCAACUCCAUUUGCAGCGUCCAAGGCGCUGUGGUCGCCGUGGACGAGAGCACCGCCUGCUCGUGGCCUGUGUGUGACCUGUGUGGCGGUGAGAGACUGGAACGGAGGCCGGAAGACAGGGGCGCCUUCUCCUGUGGGGACUGCUCCCGCGUGGUCACCUCUCCCCUCCUCAGAAGGCACCUGCAGGUCUUCCUGGACUGCCCCUUGCGACCCCAGUGCACAGUGAGGGUCAAGCUGCUGCAGCACAGUAUCUCUUCGCUCCUGAGGUUUGCCGCCUGCGAGGACGGGAGUUACGAGGUGAGGAGUGUCCUUGGAAAGGAGGUGGGGCCGAUAACCUGUUUCGUCCGGUCCAUCACCACCCGCCCGGCCAGCUGCGUGGGAUUGGAGGAGGUGGAACUCCUGAGCGAGGGGGGAGCCCCUUCAGCACACGGGUGGCAGCCGCAGGAUCCGUGAACUUUACAAAGUGGCUGCCAGUGGUGGUGGUUCGGUAGUUAUUUGUUAACUCUAGGCAGAGUGAAUGUCCUUUAUGAUCUUGAAGUGGAACUUCGAUUGGGGCAAAUGUUAGUAAAAUGGCUUUGUAAACUGUAAAUCAAAGUACUUCUUUCUGCGAUGAUAUAUAUUUUUAUUGCCUUUCUGCAAAUUUAGAAACACGAUAGAGCUUAAAUAAGCUUGAGGUUUUCAUUUUGUAUUUACCUUAGACAAUAAUAUAGUAGAAAAAGUUAUUUUGUUCUACUGUAAUUCUAAAGUGUUCAAAUUUUACAAUGA